UGUUACUCUUUAAGUGCUAAAGAAUUAAAUCAAUAAAAUUGUUAAAUAAUUAUUUAAUAAAAUGGAUCACCACGGUAGUGGUUUUGUUGCCUCACCAUGGGCUGCAGUUUUAGGUCAUCAUGCGAUGGCCGCCACAGCGGGUGCGGAUGCAGGAUUUGCUGCAGCAGCUGCGGCAGCGCAUGUGCAAAAUGUUGCUGUUGCUGCUCAACACCAUCACCAUCAUUCGCAUCAUCAAAUAGCGGCUGCUGCCCAUCACACCCACCAUCAUGCCCACACACAUCCGCAUUCGUCCCACCAUCAUCAUCACCACCACCCGCACUCACAUCAUUUGAAUCCUUCGGGUAUGCCAAUGGAUUUACAUGUUCCACAAGGAUUUCCCUAUUACAGAUACCGUGAAGAUGCUCUCUGCUGGGGUGAUCGAAAAUCAAUGGAAGAGAUUGGAGCCGCUCAGUCAUCGGUAAAUGCAAGAAUUCUCGAAUUACGCAAGGAGAAAUCCCGUGAUGCGGCCCGUUCACGGCGCGGCAAGGAGAAUUUCGAAUUUUAUGAACUGGCAAAAAUGUUACCACUACCCGCAGCUAUAACCAGCCAAUUGGAUAAGGCAUCGAUAAUAAGACUGACCAUAAGCUAUUUAAAAUUAAGAGACUUCUCCGGACAUGGUGAUCCACCAUGGACCAGAGAACAAACCACCAGCAGCAAAUUGAAAAGUGCAGCCAUAAGACGCAGUCCCGCCGUUGAUUUAUUUGAGCAACAUCAGGGUACCCACAUAUUACAGUCGUUGGAUGGUUUUGCAUUGGCCGUUGCAGCUGAUGGUCGUUUCCUGUAUAUAUCGGAAACGGUAUCUAUAUAUUUGGGUUUGUCACAGGUGGAAAUGACGGGCAGCAGUAUAUUUGAUUAUAUACAUCAAGGUGAUCAUGCUGAAAUUGCCGAACAAUUGGGUUUGAGUUUAACAUCGGGUGGUAUAGCCGGUUCCGGCUCACAAACAGGACCAGCUGGUCUGGCCUCACCACAUUCCGGGGGCUCAGACGAUGGUGUAGGCAAUCAUGGCACCAACAAUCCAGAUGUUUCUGGCCAAAUGACUGUUAUAUCGAAUAGUGGUUAUAAGGGUUAUGAACGUUCCUUUUGUAUACGCAUGAAAUCGACUUUAACCAAACGAGGCUGUCAUUUUAAAUCUUCCGGUUAUAGAGUGGUUUUAUUAUUAUGUAAAUUACGGCCACAAUACACAUUUUCGCAUACACGAAAAUCUCAACCCCCUCUAUUGGGUAUGGUGGGAUUGGCUAUAGCUUUGCCACCACCCUCAGUGCAUGAAAUUCGUUUGGAAUGUGACAUGUUUGUAACGAGACUUAAUUUUGAUUUUCGCAUUGCCCAUUGUGAGCCAAGAGUUUCUGAUUUAUUGGAUUACACGCCCGAAGAUAUGGUGGGCAAAAGUAUGUAUUCGCUGUGCCAUGCCGAAGAUGCCAAUCGUAUGAGAAAACAUCAUAUGGAUUUAAUCGAAAAGGGUCAAGUUCUAACGAGCUACUAUCGUCUAAUGAACAAAAACGGCGGCUACACUUGGAUGCAAAGUUGUGCCACUGUUGUGUGCAAUUCCAAAAAUGCCGACGAACAAAAUAUCAUUUGUGUCAACUAUGUGAUCAGUAAUCGUGAAAAUGAGAAUCUCAUUUUGGACUGUUGCCAACUGGAACCGAGUAUAGAUAGCAUUAAGCAUGAAGAUAUUUCAAGUCUUGAUAAAAAUUCCGGAUCUCCUGGUGGAGAUGCUGCGGCAGCUGGUGAUAUUAGUCAUAAUGGUUUGGCAGGCAAUGAAACGAAAUUAACAUCUCCCAAAACAGAACCGGACUCUCAACAGAGAUCUAGGGGUAGGGUAGCAACGAAUGCCUCCAGUAAUAGCAUAGCCCUAGUUAAGGAUGCAAAUAAUACGACUGGCUUAAAUGUACCAGAAGACGGUACGGUUAAUAAUACCUUACCCACCACUGUGGCCACAGCACCCACCCCAGCUCCUACCACUACGAAACGUAAGCGUAAAACUAAAAUUACCCCCGUACAACAGCCGGUGGACAAUGAAGGUGCUAUGGAUAACAAUAUCUCUAUAAAUGAACCUAAUGCCAAAGUUCCUGCUGUAGAUCGUGAAACACCGCGCUCACGCUUGCCCUCCAUAAUAGAAGAACAGCAACAACAGCAGCAACAGCAACAACAACAACAGCAAACACCAGCUCCUUCACAAAUACAAAAUCCAGAAACUUCAGUUAAAGACCUGGAACAAGCCAUGUCUAAGCAUCUGCCUUCACCGGGUAGUGUUAGUAAUACGGGUCCCAAUACUACCGAUUUUAGUACCGAUUCAUUACUCAAACAACAGCAACAACAACAGCAGCAGCAGCAACAAAAUGAAAAGAGCAGUACCAUACAAUGGAUAGGAGCACCCCACUAUCAGCAGCCGCCUGCACCUAUGCCUGCUACCGCCCUGCUAAGACAACUCUAUGCCAAUCGCGAAAGUGUGAUACGUGCCACCGCCCGCCAAACACCCACCGGCGUAUUCUAUGGUGAUCAGCAGACUGGUCCUCUACCCACACCACCCGGCAGUGAAUCUUCUUAUGAUAAUCAAUAUCUACAAUUGCACUCUCACCCCCAAAAGACCUCUUCAGAUGCCUUCACCAAUCUCGUAUCCACCUAUGGCACCUAUCAUCACAGCUCUAUUGAUUACCACAAUGCCAUGACACCACCCAGUUCGGUGUCGCCACGAGACUCGAACAACUCUUUAAAUGCCGGCAAAUCAACCUCAACAUUAACCUCUUUAAAUGGUGGCUAUGACUAUGCUGAUCCCUUAAAGUCUCAAUACACCAGCAGCACAAGCAGUGGAGCAGAUGUCUCAUCGGCUCUACCCCUAAAACCUCAACCUUACUCAGCGGCUGCUGCUAUGCAUACAACUGAUACCAGCAGUGGUUUGACUUAUAGUAAUUUAGAUCAGCCUCAGUACUUUGCUCCACACUCCAGUUUCCAUUUGUAUCAUAAGGGUGCUCCAACGAGCGGCUGGUAUUCGACACCCUCAUAGGUCGAUCUUAAUCAAAAUUGCGAGCUAUAUACAAACCACUCAAACAGUAUAAUAGACACAAAUCAAAAUUAUGCCACGGCAGCAACAGCAGCAAGUUCGUUGGCCCCGAAGGA